AUGGAUUCUCUCAAGUUCAUCCCCCUUCUUGUUCUACUUUCCUUCCUCUCUGUUUAUGCGUCUCGUUCUUCUUUUGAAGAUCAAGGCAUUAAUGUCCAGUCUACUCCGGAACCCCGAAAACUUGAAGGGCCUCCUACAAAAGUUGAGAAAGUUGAGCUAGUUCUGUAUUAUGAAACUCUAUGCCCCUACUGUAAAGAGUUCAUUGUAAAGGAACUGAUAAAGGUAUUCGACAGAGAUCUCAUAAACAUUGUCAACCUAAGGCUAGUCCCCUACGGAAAUGCUCAUAUUCAAGAACCUGACAAAGCCAUUGUUUGCCAGCAUGGCCCAGAUGAAUGCUACUUGAACAGCAUACAUGCCUGUGCAAUCAACAGCUGGCCAGAUGUGAAGCAACACUUCAAAUUGAUUCAUUGUGUUGAGAACCAAACCAUUGAAGGAAAGCAGUCGAAAGAAGAAGGAUGGAAAUCUUGUUGUCAAAAACUAGGGAUGAAUCAGAAACCUGUCCAAGAUUGCUACGAUAGUGGAUUAGAGAGAAAGCUUAUACUGCAGUAUGCUAAUGAAACAAACCAUCUUGUUCCACAUCACACCUAUGUACCAUGGGUUGUUGUCAAUAAUCAACCACUCUAUGAUGACUACCAAAACUUUGUAAGCUAUGUCUGCAAAGCUUACAAAGGCAGUCCAAAACCAGAGGGUUGCAGAUCACUUCUGCCCAAGAUCAACUCAGCUGGAAAUGCAGACUCAAACGGACAAGCGUUUACAAGGGUGAAGAGAUCCAGGAACAACUAA